UGAGAAUCAGAUUCUUUGCGAGGAGUUACGGAUCGCUGCCUCAGCCCGACACGCCUUGCGCUCUGAGGCUAACCGACUGGCUCGCGCCGUCAACUCCUGCCGCGAUGAGAUCGCUCGGCUACGUGCCCGCCUCCAGCUGUACACGAAUGAGGCUGACUUGGGCGCAUGUGUCGUACUUGCACCUAAAUCUGUUGAUUAUUCCAUCUCUGCUGCUCCUCCUACUGCUGCGAACUCAGUUCCUUCCGCAACUGUGUAUAGGGAAGAGACCGUAUCGUCCGGAUGGAGGCUAAGUGUAGCUGAAAAAGGGAACUUCAAAACAAGGAUUCGGAAAAAACGAUCACAUUCUUGUGACUCUGAGUUGCAGAUAUUGAAUAGAGUUAAUGUGGAAACAGAUACUCACUUUUGUCGUACACGAGACGACAAAAGAGACCUUGCGAACAGAGAAGUAAAGCCAUAUAAGGAGGGUGAAGAGGGCGAGAAUAAAAAAAUAAAUGGUAUAAAUAUUAACAACAUGCAAGAUGUCUCUCAUAUGGAUGACGGAACUGGAAAGCAUCCGAGCCCAGAAAAAUUCUCUUUAAGUAGUUUUAAUAGCCCUGAAAGCGACUCCAACAAUCAAAGCAAGCUUUGCAGCGAUAACAUGAUGACGGACUCACAAUAUCACACGUCUACACUAUCAAAGUCUUUGUUGAGCAACCAAGAUCCGGAAAGAUGUGCUAAAAUGAACGGCACUCAGGACGCUUUCUUGCCUAAGGCAACUCCGACGAACACUGAACGGGUGGGUUCUUUUCCGAUUUAG